UCAACAUACCAGCUUGUUAUUGAAAAAAAAUUAUAAAACUGUAAACUACAUAAUUACAUUUUAAUGAAUGGACGGAUUGAAAAGAAUUGAAAAUGGCUUUGAGCCAAGCAAGUAAGAUAAAGAAAGCUGCCCGCAACUGGAAAGGAAGGAUUACACAAAUAUGAGCAAUAAAACUGAGGACCUUCCAGAAUUUCUUCCUUCUAGUAAAAAUAUAACCAUUAUCAUUACACUCACAACUUUAGUUCUCGUGACAAUUAUAGGAAACUUAAUAGUUUUGCUAGCUUUCAUAAAAGAAUCAAAGCUACGAAAGGAAGCUUUCAACUAUUUUAUAUUCAAUCUAGCAAUAACGGACUUUUUAGUAGCUAUAACAGCCAUGACAUUUUACACGAUAGAUACAGUUUUAGGAUACUGGCCUUUUGGACCAGCCAUGUGUGCCUUUUGGAUAUAUGCCGACUAUGCCAUGACUUUUGCCUCGGUAUUCACCUUGACCGCCAUUUCAAUUGACAGAUUCUGGUCGGUGACAUGGCCCAUCCAUUACCGAAAUAAUUCAACAAUUAAGAAGACGAUCAUUAUGAUAGCCAUUGUAUGGGUUUGUGUGUUUACGAUAUGGACUCCACCGUUCAUUGGAGAUAGACUGAAUCAUAACGAAGAAUAUUCAUGUAUUUGGGAACCAAAUGAAAACAGGGAGUUUAUAAUUGUAGUUGAUGUGAUCGGUCAUUAUUUACCAUGCUCCCUUAUGGUGAUUUCUUACAUCAAAGUUUUGGCUGUAAUGAGGAAAAGAGGAAAAAUUAAACCUAAGAACCACGUGAACGUCAGGUCUACCAGAAAUGAAGACUACACAAAUAACACCACAGUCAGCAGUAUCAAUAGUAAAAUACAAGAUCCCACGAUAAACACGCAAAAUAAAUUAUCAAACGAUACCACAAAGUCACAUGACAAAAACGUAACAAAUAACCAGAUUGUAUUUGUAAGCAGUUCACAAGAUUAUCGACCCCUUGCUUCAGAUCAGCAGACGUCAACGUCAUCAUCUCAAACUUCGCAGAGAAUGCAACGUGAAAAUCGAUGGACCAAUGAUACAAAAGACACCACAGAUGAAGUAAAGUAUAACAAAUCAGAGAGAAAAAUUUUCAUCACCUUGUCAUAUGUAGUUUUAAGUUAUCUUAUAUUUUGGUUUCCGUUUUAUGUCACCUGGGAUAUAUACGCGUUCCAUCCUGAUCUAGUACCACCGUUAUUAUAUACGGUGAUGUUUUGGAUGACAUACAUAAACUCGACCCUUAACCCUAUUAUCUAUGCUUAUACAAAUAAAGAUUUUCGCCGUUCAUUUUGGAAAAUAAUGAGAUGCAAGUUUUAA